AGGAGAAAUCUGUUCUUCUGUUGAGCUCAAUUCUCGGCUGAGACGAGAACGUUGACAGUUGGCUGAUAGAGCAACUUGAGAGUUGAGACACAAGAAAAACUUAGUUAAGCAUAGGAUUUCAGAAUGGAAACAAGCGACAGAAUUAGCUCUGGUGUUAUAGGAGCAGAAGCUCCAUCAGCGUAUCAUAUGGCUCCGAGACCUUUAGAGAGUCCUUCUAACCAGUUUAUGGGGUCGUCUCUCCCUCCCACGGACGCCCCAAUGCCUUCUUCAGGGAAGAAGAGGAGAGGCAGACCUCGUAAAUAUGAAGCUAAUGGUACUCCCUUGCCUUCUUCAUCAACUCCUCUUCUGAAGAAACGAGCAAGAGGCAAGCUCAAUGGUUUUGAUAUCAAGAUGCAUAAGACCAUUGGACUCCUUAACUCUUCUGGUGAAAGGUUUGGCGUUGGUGGUGGUGUUGGAUCAAAUUUCACUCCGCAUAUAAUCACAGUGAACACUGGUGAGGAUAUUACUAUGAGGAUCAUCUCCUUUUCACAACAAGGACCGCGAGCUAUUUGUAUUUUAUCAGCAAAUGGAGUGAUAUCAAACGUCACUCUUCGCCAUCCCGAAUCUUGCGGUGGUACUCUCACCUACGAGGGUCGGUUUGAGAUACUGUCGCUGUCUGGUUCUUUCAUGGAAACAGAGAAUCAAGGUUCAAGAGGACGGUCUGGUGGCAUGAGCGUAUCUUUGGCAGGUCCUGAUGGUCGUGUUGUCGGUGGCGGUGUGGCCGGCCUACUCAUUGCUGCCACUCCUAUUCAGGUUGUUGUUGGCAGUUUUAUAACGAGUGAUCAACAAGAUCAUCAGAAACCGAGGAAGCAAAGAGUCGAGCAUACCCCUUCAACGGUAACGUCAUUGCUUCCUCCUCCUCCUCCGGCUUCAGUUUUUUCAUCGACAAACCCAGAGAGAGAGCAGCCGCCAUCCUCAUUCGGCAUUUCCAGCUGGACCAACGGACAGGACAUGCCGAGAGACUCAGCCACUGACAUCAACAUAUCUUUACCAGCCGACUGACUUUGAGUUUCCAGAUGGAAGAUUAGGUUUCAGAUUAACUCUCUACUGUCUGUACAAUGGUUAGGAGGAUUGUUGAAGCUGAAUGUUAUCGUACCCUUAUCGGAUUGU